GCUACAAGGCUUUCCAACAUGACAGAAAACCUACAAACUUUGAUAAAAAGGUGUUAGUGUGGGCAGGACGCUUUAAGAAGGAGGAGGACAUCCCCAAGCACAUAUCGUCUGAGCUCCUUGAGGCAGCAAGGAGCAAUGUCAGGAUAAAGGUUUGCUACAUCAUGAUUGCACUGACUGUGCUGGGCUGUUUGGCCAUGGUCAUCACAGGCAAAGAAGCCGCUAAAAAGGAUCAAACGCUGCUGAGGAUGAACAUAGAAAAGAAAGCCAAAUGGAGGGCUGAGGUGGAGAAAGAGCAGGAGGCAGCUGUUGGGAAGCCACAAUGA